AUGUCUGUAGCGAAUAUUGAAACAUUUUUAAGAGUUGUUUUAACAUUAAUAUUUUGUUAUGCCACUCCAAGUAAUUUUCUAGUUAUACAAACAAUAUUAUCUAAUAAAGAAUUGAAGACAUACAAUACACUCUUGUACUUUGCUGGUAUUGCAUUCGCUGAUACUCUAGCAUUUUUCGGUUAUAUACAGAAUGCUAUUUGGCACCCAUUAUUUGGUACUGAUAUAGAACAAAAAUAUUUGGUGACAUGUCGUUUGAUUGCCUUCUACAGUAGAUAUGGUGUACAAACAUCCGCAUUGUUACUAACAAUAGCUACCAUUGAUCGAUGUUUACUAUUAUAUUCCAAACGUUGGAAAUUAAAUUACAGUCGACGACCAUCAUUAACAUUUUCAAUUAUAUUAAUCGUCUUUAGCAUUGAAUUACUUUUUCAUUUUCAUGUAUUAAUUUAUAAAGGUGGUUACAAUACCACAACAUACAACGGUAGUAAAACUGAACAACGAAACUUUGCUUGUUAUUUAAUAAAAAAUCUACAUUAUCAAUCAUUUUAUUACUCUUUUUAUUCUAAAGCUCAUCUAAUACUUUAUUCUGUAUUACCUUAUGUGAUUACAAGUAUAUGUAACAUAUUCGUAUUACUUAAAGUGUUUCAUAAACGAAAGCAGCAUAUAAAAACUCGAACAAGAAGUACACAGAAAAAUGUUACAGUAUUAAUUGUUUUAUCGUCAACAUGUUACGUCUUAUUAACAUUGCCCGAUGCUGUUUAUUGGGAAUUUUUUGGUAAAAGUGUAUCAAAUCAUCUUAAAAGAGUGAUUCCUUAUUGUAUUAAUAUCAGUUUGUAUAUAAAUCAUUCAUCAACAUUUCUAUUAUUAAUGAUUAUUUCAACAAAAUUUCGACAACAGUUAUGUGUUAAUAUGUCAGGUUUCUAUCGAAAAUGUUUUAAUAAUCGGAUUAUGCCACAAGUACAAAUAUCCUCAAAAGUAAACGCUUCUAUUAUAAUAUCAAAAGUAGCUGCAUCUAGUAAAGUUCCAAUGAGUAGAACGAUAAAUGCAAGUUAG